AUGUCGUCGACGGCAAGAAGUUGCUGGAAUUGCUUAAAACUAGAUGAAUUUCCUUUUACUUCUGUUAAUAAUAUCCACCGAAACGCUUGUGAUGUUAUUUUUACGAAAAAGCCAAAUAUAUUCUGUCGUAAUGUCAAUAAAGAGUGUUUGGACUUCAUUCAGACUGCUAUUGAUCCCACUCGGUAUCUUGUGUAUUCGUUAUCUGACAUUGAUUGGAAAAAUGACACUUGGCAGGGUUCAGCAUCGUUAAUGAUCCUUUCAGAAGCUUCAUUCAAUGCGGAUCAUUCAGAUGAAAUCUCGAAGAUUAAUGAUUACAUUUGCAAUGAAGGAGGAAGGGUUUUACUGCUUCUGAACAAAGAUUGUGAACAUUCAAUUCAUGAAAGUAAUAUUUUUGAAGUGAUCAAAUCUAGCGAAAAUUUUUCUCAAAAGUUUGGGAAUUGGACUUGGAGGAAACUCGAUGGUAAACUCUGUUUAUUUGGCUUAAUGGAAUCACCAUGUUUCGUGGUCAUCUGGGCCUCAUCCGAUUGGAUCCAUGCAGGCAAUAUUAAGUCGGCUUUAGGACUAAUGGAAAUUUCGUGCGAUGGGGGAAAAAUUCCAAUGCCCCCAACCUCAGACAUUCUUCUAUCCCUAAAGCCAACCGACACAACUUAUACUGAGGCACGAUAUUUCUGCUUAUUAUUUAAUUUAUAUUAG